AUGUCAACACCUAUAGAGACCUGCAAUGUCAAUGCUACUGUGUGCUCUGGCACAUCAUGUCUUGUGCCAGAGAGUAAUUUUAACAUUAUCCUCAGCACAGUCCUAAGCGUUGUGCUCACUGUUAUGUUGGCCAUGGUCAUGUUUGCCAUGGGCUGCACAGUGGAGGUGCACAAGCUCUGGGCACACAUCCGCCGACCAUGGGGUAUCUUCAUUGGCUUUCUCUGCCAAUUUGGCAUCAUGCCCUUCACUGCAUUCAUCUUCGCCCUAGUCUUCCAGGUGCUUCCCAUACAGGCUGUGGUCAUCUUAAUCAUGGGCUGCUGUCCUGGAGGCACCAACUCCAAUGUCAUCACCUACUGGCUGGAUGGAGACAUGGAUCUCAGUAUCAGUAUGACAACUUGUUCAUCCAUCCUGGCGAUGGGAAUGAUGCCCCUUUGUCUGCUCAUUUACACCUCAGUCUGGAUCUCAUCUGAUACCAUCCAGAUUCCUUACGACAGCAUAGGCAUUACACUGGUGAGCCUGCUCGUGCCUGUCACUUUAGGAAUCUAUGUCAAACACCGCUGGCCCAUGGUGGCAAAAAAGAUCCUGAAGGUUGGCUCUACUGUGGGCAUCUUUCUGAUUAUCGUCCUUGCUGUGGUGGGUGGUGUGCUGUACCAGUCCUCAUGGACAAUUUCUCCUGCUCUGUGGAUAAUUGGAGCAUUCUACCCACUAGUCGGCUUUGGCCUGGGCUUUCUGCUGGCUCGAUUUGUGGGGCAGCCCUGGUACAGAUGUCGCACUAUUGCAAUGGAGACUGGCUUCCAGAACUCACAGCUGUGCAGCACGAUUGUUCAGUUGUCCUUCGCUCCUGAGGAGCUGGAGGUCAUGUUCUCGUUCCCUUUAAUCUACAGCAUCUUCCAGCUUUUUGUGGCCAUGCUAGCAAUUGGAGGUUACCGGCUGUACAAGAAAUACUACAGGGGAAACUUGCCUGAGGAGGAUAGCGAGAGGGCUGAUGGAGCUGCUGACACUGCUCCUUGUAAAGACAAGCAGGAGUAUGCUUUGAGCAAUGGAGGAUUUCAGAGUGGUGAGAAUGGGAACACUGAAGGCAAGGGAACAGUCACUCAUCUGUGA